ACUUUCCUAUAAGGAACAGUUUGAGUUUGCAUAUUAAGCCACCGUUUUCAGUCACACCUACACAGUCACCUGAUUCACCAUGAACACCGUCAUGAAGACCACCGUCCUGGCCUGCCUGCUCGUCGCAGCGCUCCAGUUCAGUCAGGCGAUCCCCCUGGCUGCACCGGCGAAACCUACUAACACUUUAGCGGUGCGAGCUGACCCAUCCGAGUGCGUCAAGGAGAUCGUUGAGACGCUUUACUCGGAUGUGCCCGGGUGGGUAUUGAUCUGUCUGAAAGUGGCGCAGGAUAACCCGUCGCUGUCGUUCUUCAUCGAGUUCCCCAUCUGCGCCAGCCUCGUUGGAGGCGCAGACUUUGUGCGAGUGGCUCUGGAUGUUGCGAAGAGGUGUCACUGAAAACUGACCGCCUAAACUCCAUAGGUGCACCUGCCCAUCUUCGCUUCUCUUGCGUUCUUUCUAUUAACUGCAAAAUAUACUUUUACACCAUUA